AUGUCGCAUGCCCACAAGCAAUUCCUCUUUGCAGUGCUUGUUGGUUUUGCUCUUGCAGCCUUAGUCCAUUCCCAGAACCAAUCAGGCUUCAUUAGCAUAGAUUGCGGUCUCCCGAAUAAUUCCGGCUACACUGAAACGACAACAGGCAUUAAUUACAUUUCAGACUCGACCUUCAUAGACACCGGUGAAAGCAAGUACUUAUCGGCUAAUCAUGAUUUGAACUAUUAUCAACCACACUGGUACGUAAGGAGCUUUCCUCAAGGAGCGAGGAACUGCUACAAAAUAAACGUCACAUAUGGCACCAAGUAUUUGAUCCGAGCUGGUUUUCAGUAUGGGAAUUAUGACGGCGAAAAUAAACCACCCGGAUUCGAAUUGCAUCUCGGAGCUAAUUUGUGGGAUAAAGUGAAUUUCUCGACGGAGUUUAAUCAGACAACCAGAGAGCUCAUACAUGUCACUCUGCAAGACUACAUACAUAUUUGUUUGGUGAACACAAACAAAGGGGUUCCAUUUAUAUCAUCGAUCGAACUAAGGCCUUUACUCAAUACAUCUUAUAAACAAGGACCGGGGUUUUUGGCACUUGUCUCGCGGUAUGACACUGGUUUGUCUACAACUAAUGAUACAGGAUCCAGCAGGUUGCUAAGUGGCGAUGAUGGUGGUGGGGCGGUGAUGGCAGCGAGGGCUAGUGGUGGCCCUGAUAAGGUGGUAGUAGAAGAGGUUGUGGGUCCAGGGUAUCCAACCGAUAUUCAUGAUCGCAUCUGGGAGCCCUAUUACGUUUCUGAUGAGACAGAGUUCCAGUUAAGAACCUCAGCCAUCAUGAAUGAAUCUUAUCAAAAUGCUUUCGAAAUACCAUCUGCUGUGAUGAGCACUGCUGUGGCUCCAAAAAAUGCAAGUCAUGCCUUGCAAUUUUACUGGGAUUCUCCUGAUAACAAUUCGGAAUAUUAUAUCUACUUUCACUUUGCAGAAAUUGAAAAGCUUCGGCCUCACCAGCUUAGAAAUCUCUUUAUUAUUUGGAGCGGUGGAUGGUCUCCACGCCCAUUUGUUCUCCGUUACUUGAACGCGGUAACAGUUUCCAACACCUGGCCCUUUAGUGGGUCCAGAAAACAUUCUUUUUCAAUCCUCAAGACUGACAACUCUACCCUUCCACCCAUCCUCAAUGCCUACGAGAUUUACGAGGCUAAAAGGUUCCUAGAAUUGGAGACAAACCAAGGAGAUAUCGAAGCAAUCGAAAACAUCAAGCUACAUUACAAAAUCAGUAAGAACUGGCAAGGAGAUCCAUGCAGCCCUCAAGCUUACAAGUGGGAAGGACUAAAUUGUAGCUAUCCUGAAUCCAGGCCCCCAAGAAUCAUAUCUUUGGACUUGUCCUCCAGUGGCUUAAGAGGCCAGAUAUCUCCUUUUAUAGCCAAUCUCACAAUGAUACAAGCUCUGGAUUUAUCAAACAAUGACUUGACGGGACCAAUUCCAGACUUUUUGUCCCAAAUGCCAGAUUUAUAUGUCCUAAACUUGGGAAAGAACAAGCUCGCAGGCCCAGUUCCAGCAGGGCUCAUUGACAGAAAUAAAAAUGAUGGGCUAUCAUUGAGUCUCUGUGAAAAUCCAAAUAUAUCCAAAUUAGGACACGUUUCUUGCAAAUCAAGGAAGAAGCAAAAUGUCGUUAUUCCCGUAGUAGUAUCCAUAACUGGAACUUUGAUCCUCUUAUUAACUGUAGCAGCUAUCUGGUGGAGAUGUAAAAGUGAAAAGAAAGAUGGUAAGACUUCCAAAUACUUGAGAUUAACAAUUUUCAUCCAAACAGAGCCAUUCAAGAUACAGGGUAGAAAAUUUACAAAAUCAGAGAUCGACAAGAUCACCAACAAUUCUACACUAAUUGGAAGAGGCGGAUUUGGAGAAGUCUACCAUGGCACUCUGGAAAAUGAUGCUCAAGUUGCCGUGAAAAUACUCAAUUUAUCAUCAAAACAAGGCUCUGAAGAAUUUCAAAAUGAGGUUAAACUAUUGAUGAGAGUUCAUCAUAGAAACUUGGUUUCUUUCAUUGGCUACUGUGACAGUCCUAUGGCACUUGUUUACGAAUAUGUUGGGAAUGGAAAUUUGCAACAGCAAAUAUCAGCUGCAGGUGCAGAUAUAGGCUUGACUUGGAAGCAGAGACUUCAGAUUGCAGUAGAUACAGCACGAGGAUUGGAAUAUCUACAUGAUGGUUGCAAACCGCCGAUACUACAUAGAGAUUUGAAGCCUUCCAACAUCUUGUUAAAUGAGACACUGCAAGCCAAGAUAGCUGAUUUUGGAAUUUCUAAAGCUCUUGCAACUGAAACUGCUACUCAUGCAUUAACAAACCUCAGAGGAACAUAUGGGUACCUGGAUCCUCAGUAA